AUGACUAAGACAGGGAGUGUGUCCAAAAGCCAGAAUCGUGGUGAUGGAUGUAGCAGGAAGAGGUCCAUGACUGGUGGUGCAGCACCUUGGUCAGAUCUUGACCAUCAUUUGCUUUAUUUAGUUAUGAUGCAACUUGGAGCCUUUGAUUUUGUUGCAUUUAGUGGAGUUUGUAAGUCAUGGAGGUCACUUGCACUCUCUAACAAAACAAGGUUUAUGGCAUCUAGACCACCCAUUUCCAUAUGGAUUUCUGAGCAGGGUAAUAAGAGAGAGUACUCCUUACAGGACUUUGAUGGAAAAAAGUUCAAAAUGGGCAUUCCCAAAUCUACUGGCAAAACCUGUGUUGGACUAAGUUGUGGUUAUUUGGUCUUGUUUGGGCUAAAGCCACGUGAGUUUUGGCUUAUGAAUCCUAUCACAAGGCAUGGACUUCGUUUCCCCAAAGUCCCCAGGGAUCUUGAACCUGUACCUGAUGAAGAAGAAGCUGAUGAAGUAAGAGUCACUGGUAAAGCAGAAUGGGAUUGUGUCUCCUCCCCUUCGGGCAUCAUUGAUGUGCAUGAUUUCAAGGGGAAGAUAUAUGCAAUUGACAUCAAUUCUCGUUUAUAUGAACUGGGACUUGAUCCAGAGCCCAAACUGAUGUUACUCAAGACCAAGAAUAUUCUGGACUCAGACAUGGUAUUUAUGGAGUUUGUAUGUUCUGGUGAAAACCUCUAUGCUGUGGAAUGCUUUUCCUUUGAUGAGUACCAGGUUCAUGAACUAGAUUUUGGUGAAAUGAAAUGGGUGUCUCCAAAUAAAAAGACAAUGGAAGAAUAUGCAUUUUUUGCUAGCGACUUGAAGCAUAGUGCUGUUAUCAAACGAGAGUUGUGGUUUGACUCUUGGUUGCGGCUUUACAAGAAACGUGCUUACAAUUAUAAAAGUGGAAAUGACAUGUUUUUUAAUGCAGACGUAUGGUCAGGCACAAGCCACAAGGGCAACAUUGUCAAUGCAGUUAGGCCUGGCCCAGAAGCGUAUAAAAUGGGCGGCUGCGCCCCUUCGACUCAACAGCUCAAGUUCCUCUUUCCUCGGUUUCAAUCAGGAAUGACUAAGACAAGGAGUGUGUCCAAAAGCAAGAAUCGUGGUGAUGGAUUAGGCAGGAAGAGGUUCAUGACUGGUGCUACAGCACCUUGGUCAGAUCUUGACCAUGAUUUGCUUUAUUUAGUUAUGAUGAGACUCGGAGCCCUUGAUUUUGUUGCUUUCAGAGGAGUUUGCAAGUCAUGGAGGUCACUUGCACUUUCUAACAAAAGCACGUUUAUGAAAUCCAGACCACCCCUUAAAGUAUGGAUCAAUGAGCAGGGUAAUAAGAGAGAGUACUCCUUGAAUGACUUUGAUGGAAGAGAGUUCAAAUUUCGCAUUCCCAAAUCCAGUGGCAAGACCUGUGUUGGAUUAACUUGUGGUUAUUUGGUCUUGUUUGGGCUAAGGCCACGUGAGUUUUGGCUUAUGAAUCCUAUCACAAGACAUGGAUUUCGUUUUCCCAAAGUCCCCAGGGAUCUUGAACCUGAUCGAGACGGAAUCAGGGCUAUUCUUGUCUUUUCACCUUCAAUAUCUGCGUGGGUGCUUGUGGUCUUAUGUAGAUUCCUCUCUGAAAUAUGGUUUUCAAUCGCGGGAACAGGGUCAUGGAGUUAUGUCUCCGCUGAGGAAGGCAUCUUUGAUUUACAUGAAUUCAAGGGGAAGAUAUAUGCUAUAGACACCGAUGCUCGUUUAUAUGAACUGGGACUCGAUCCUGAGCCCAAACUGAUGCUACUCAAAAUCAAGAAUGUUCUGGACUCAGACUUGAGGUUACCGGAGAUUGUAUGUUCGGGUGAAAACUUUUUUUUUAUGGAAAAUUUUUGGGAAUAUGUGUACGUGGUUCACGAACUAGAUUUUGAUGAAAUGAAAUGGGUGUCUCCAAAUGAAAAGACAAUGGAUGAAUAUGCCUUUUUUGUUAGCGAGUUGAAGCAUAGUGCUGCUAUCAAACGAGAGUUGUGGUCUGACUCUUGGUUGCCAUAUUACAAGAAAUAUGCUUUCAGUUUUUGGUUUAGUGGUUAG